AUGACAUCAGUUCAUAUCAUCAAUCAAUUAAAAGCUAUAUUCUCUAGACAUGGAGUUCCAGAAUGUGUGGUUUCGGAUAAUGGGACACAGUAUACAUCUGAAGAAUUUAAUAUAUUUGCAAACGAGUAUGGAUUUAAUCACGUUACGUCAAGUCCAAAGUAUCCAAAAGCCAAUGGAGAAGCCGAAAGAGCGGUGAAAACAGUGAAGACGUUAUUACAGAAAGCCAAGGAUCCAUAUCUUGCAUUACUGUCAUAUAGAACAACACCGUUAAGCAAUGGAUUUAGUCCUUCUCAAUUGUUGAUGUCAAGAAGGCUAAGGUCAAAUUUACCUAUGUCAGUGGAGCAAAGAAAACCUGAAGUUCCCAACAUGCAACUUUUGAGGAAGAGAGAAGUAGAUCAGAAGAGAAAGAAGAAAGUCACCUAUGACAAACGUCAUAAAGUGCAACAUCUCUAUUAG